AUGACAUCGACCACCUCCCCCACGCCAAACCACCAAACCAUCUCCCCAGCAAUCUUCUACUGGGGCACCCCCGUCGUCCUUAUCACCACCGAAAACCCCGACCAAACAUUCAACAUCGCCCCUAUGUCCUCCGCCUGGUGGCUCGGAAACCGUUGCAUGCUCGGGCUAGGUGCCAUUUCCCACACCACCAUCAACCUCCUGCGCACCAAGCAAUGCGUGCUCAAUCUCGCAUCUGACAGCAUGGCCGGCUCCGUGAACGCACUUGCUCGCACCACCGGCUCCGCAGAGAUCCUCACUGCGCAGCCAGAUGAGGGAUAUAAGUAUUUCAAAAGGAUGAAUGGGUAUGAGUAUGUGCAUGAUAAGUUCGGACAUGCAAACUUGACACCGCUGGCCUCGGAGCUGGUCAGACCGGCUAGGAUCAUGGAGUGUCCGGCGCAGAUGGAGGCAGAGCUCGUGGGUGUGUAUGAGAUGAUGCGGGACGCGGAUACAAAGGGGUUUAUUGCGUUGGAGGUUAAGGUGCUGAGAACGCAUGUUCAUGAGGACAUCAGAAUGGUGGGAGCGGGGAAUAGGGUUGAUCCGGAUAAGUGGCGGCCACUGAUUAUGAGUUUUCAGGAGCUUUAUGGGUUAAAGGGGAAGGUUGGGAGUUCGAAGUUGGCGGGGAUUGGAGAGGAGGAGUAUAGAGGGUUUUCGAAUGGUGUUGAGAUUGAGGGGGGGAAGUGA